AUGUCGACAAACAGUGAGGAAGAAAAAAAGCCGGCGGGACGUGUCGAGUCCGCCAUCGUUACCGGUACAUCUGUGAAAUACCACAACAAGUUUGGAGCGCUUCGUCUUCGUCAUCCAGAAACGAAUCAAAUCAUUCUUAUUCCAACUCCAACUGAUGACCCAAAUGACCCUUUGAACUGGUCUAAGUCGUACCGCGUGUACAUCGCCGUCCUGGUAUCUUUCGCUAUCUUUUUCAGCAACUUCUUGGCUGCCGGACCUACUGUCGCCAUCCUUGACACUACUACCGACUUCUUCGGACCAGCUGAUGAUGAUCUCGAUGACAACAUCGCCAAGAUUGCCUACUUCUUCACCACCACUGCGCUCCUUCAGGGCAUGUCCAACUUGGUGUGGAUGCCUCUCAUGGCAAAAUUUGGCCGCCGUCCUAUCUACGUUAUAUCUUUUACGCUGUACACAGCGUUUUCAGCUUGGGCCGGCGGCGCCACUACGUACGGCAGUGCGCUUGCGGCGCGGAUCAUGAUGGGUGCUGCUUCGGGAGCAGCGGAAUGCCUGGCACCACUGACAAUUUCGGAUCUUUUCUUCGCUCAUGAGAGAGGUGCUAUCAUGGGGAUUUACACUACAGCCUUGUCUGCCGGCGUCGGCUGUGGUAUUAUCGUCGCUGGACUCAUCACUAAGGACCUUGACUGGCGUUACAUAUACUGGGUGUCUGUCGCUGUUAUUGGCUCUUGCACUCUCUUGAUCAUUUUCACCUGUCCCGAGACAGGCUAUGACCGCUCAAAGGCCAUAGAUUCGCCAACUCAAGUCCCCCAACAUAAAGAAAUCAGUAACCAGAGCAACAAGGUCGAGGACAUUGUUACAAAGAAUGCCCACGAUGGCAGUGCUUCCCUAGGCCAUUCACCUUGUGGUAAUAAAGCAGAGCGCUCGUAUUGGCAAAGUUUGUCUCUCUUCAGCGGUAUUCACACGCAAGAGCCAUUCGUGAAGCUUUGUCUUCGUCCCAUUAUUCUUCUGGCUCUUCCGCCAGUCCUUUGGGCUACUUUGGUAAUGGCCGUUUCCAUCGGAUUCCUUGUAGCCAUCACCUCUAACUUUGCUGUCGCUUUCGAUGCUACAUACGGAUUCGAACCGUGGCAGGCUGGACUCUGCUUCAUUUCCUGUCCUGUAGGCGCUGGGUUUGGUGCCUUUUUCGGUGGUCGAUUCAGCGAUAUGAUAGCCGACCGGUUGACGAGCCGCAAUGAUGGUGUUCGACAUCCGGAAAUGCGCUUACCUACGAUGGCAAUCUCACUCAUCACGACACCACUUUCUCUUGUCCUCUAUGGAGUCGGCAUUGAGCGGAACUGGCAUUGGAUUCUACCUACAAUUGGUUUGGGCCUUUCGGCAUUUGGCUUUCUUUUUUCCUUCUACACGAAUCCCUGGAUCAACGCAUCUGGCUAUGCUAAAGCAUUUGCUGCCAUGGCCGGGAUUUCAGGUUUUGUACUUUUCAUGUGGAUUCCUAUCCCUUACGCUGCUCUGCAUGACGAGCUGCUCUACGAAGAUGGUGUGUUGAAUAUCCUCCUUAGCGAAGAGUACAUCAAUUUCCUUGAGAGUUUUACCUGUAGUCUUUUUGAGGUUAGUCAAAAGGGAUCUCUGGGUACAGCUAACAGCAGACCACAGAGGGAUACUUCGCCAGCCAAACUUCUCGACAGUCCAAACCAGUGGAACGGCUACGAGCGCGAGAGCAAUGUUCAUAAUGGCAGCUAA